AGGGGCGAAGGAGAUCGAUUGUCGACUAAUGAUCGAACUCAAAUCCGGGGAAUUGGCGAGGAGCAGUUGUCGAGAGCACUUUUUGGCGAGAUGAAGGCUCACUUUGUUGUCUUUUCAUCCCUGGUGGGGAGCGAAGGCGGUCAACCCAAACACAAACAAACCCGCGUCCAAAGGCGGUGAGCGCGUCCCACGGCUUUUUCCUCUUUUUCUUCCCUCCGCUGGACUUCCGGGAAUCCUUUGUCUGUCUGGCGAGGUCCUGGAUCUCGCAUGCCUCGAUAGCUCUUACGUCUCGCGCCUUGUCCCGCAAUCCUCGAAAUUAUGCACAUGCCGGGCAUUUAGAUCAACCGAUCAACCUUCCACUAACACUCCAGUAACCAGCGCGGGGAUGGCCCGCAUCAAUGACCUCAACGCUCACGAGCGCCCUCCCGAGUCCAUCAGACAACGAUACAAGAAAUAUCAGAAGUCGACGGUGUCGGAGAUACAGCAGGAUGUCGGCAUCAUCGAUCUUCAGGCUUUAGACCCCCAGGACCUUCCGACGGGCAUUGCGCUCUCCCAAUGGAUGUCGGGUGAGGCCCUCCGGCCUGCUUUCGAAGACUUCAUCCCAGUGGACAAGGGGACACACGAGGAUGGGCUGCGUACUACGAAAGAUAUACCCGUGUACACACAUCAAUCCGUUUCCGGUCUGCAAAUGAUCCCGUCGCUGUUCCCACCGGCUGUUCAGAUAGAGCUGUUGUCUCGUUUACUGCACCGCGAUGUAUCUAAUCCGGACCACCAAUCCAAUCUUCAUCUACACUACGAUGUCACAUACCCUCGGCCGGUGGGCCAGAAUGGCACGCAACCCGACAGUAGCCCAGUAGACACUCGAACCAUGUCCUUUUUCGCAGACGACCAAACUCGCACGAUACAACCCAAGGAUGCCACGGUGCACAAGCCCCUCGCUGUCAGGGACAUCUUGAAUAAGAAGCUCCGAUGGAUCACUCUCGGCGGUCAAUACAAUUGGACGACCAAGGAAUACCCAGAGGAGCGUCCUCCCGUCUUCCCGGCGGAUAUUGCGAAUCUUCUACGAGCGUCGUUCCCCAAGACAGAUGCUCAGGCGGCGAUCUUGAACUUCUAUACCCCCGGAGACACCUUGAGUGCCCAUCGCGAUGUCAGUGAAGAAUGCGACGUGGGUCUAAUCAGUAUCAGCUUUGGCUGUGAUGGUCUGUUCCUCAUCAGCCAUGAUGACGGCAGUGGAUGCGACAUCAUUCGGCUUCGCUCCGGAGAUGCCGUGUACAUGGACGGCACCUCCCGUUUUGCAUGGCAUGCAGUGCCCAAGAUCCUUCCUGAUACCUGCCCAGAGUGGCUGGCUGAUUGGCCCUGCUCUGGCGGGACAGAUGCAUCGCAAUACAACGACUGGAAGGGUUGGAUGUCGCGGAAGAGAAUCAAUUUGAACGUGCGGCAGAUGGCCACUGAACCUCUUCCGUAAUACGAUUCGAGGAUUGGAAAGAUGCGCGUGUCACCCAAGAUACGAGAUAUCGAUAGAAUUAUACCGAAUAAUUGGCUGAAUAAACCCUCGGAUUCUUGGCCUUGGGGUAACUCGGAGUCCAUAUUUUGGGUUGGGGUCAGCUCAGCCGACCUGUGACUAAUGAGACAUGGCUGUUCAUCACUGAAUGAGCUAUCUGCGUUGGAG